AUGAGUUCUAAGAGCUGGUUGGUUGGUUGGGUGAUAAACAUAAAUGACCAAGAGAUAAAAGUACUUCGAAGGAAUCGUAAACAUCGAUUAUCACGUAAUAAAACACAUUCGAACGUUGUGAUCGGUGAUUGGAUUGCAUUUCGAAAGAAUACUGCAUAUGGUCAAGGAUGCUUGAUUCAGAUCAUCGAUCCAGUUUUGCCAACCAAAACUUUUUGGAUCAAAUCUAGGAUGGAUACUAGGUCACCGCAAACGGAGUGUGUCUGCGUAAAAACUACUGCGAUCGGUUCACCAGAUGUACAGUUACAAGAGGGUGACUGUGGGAUUUGUAGAAUAUGGUCACCGCAUUUCGAGUAUUUGGCUGAUCCUUUACACCUCUUCAAUGAUCCUGUGAAUGUGAAACCAAAUGUAGCAUACGAUGUAUGGUGCAGACUGAACAGUGACCCAGAAUCACAGUACGAUGGCGUUAGUCCAAUUCUUGAGAUACACUCAAUCGAGGCGCCUUCUGAAAGUCAAAUGAUAUCGCUAUGUGCUCCCUGGAUGCCAGGAAGCCUAUGUAAUCCGAUUGAUCAGGUAUUAUCGUUAGAUCCACCCGCAUCCACACAAAACCAGCAAUUCACGGUGGAAAGCCAGGAAUCAUCGGCAGAAACACAGGAGAAAUCCAGUGGAAGACGGAAAAUCUGUGGAAACGAACAUUUACGAUCUAUAUGGCAUGCCCAAGAUGACGAACAGUCCUUUCAUCUGUUCCCAGUUCCGUAUUAG